AUGGCUGAAACGGAGAACGGACAGCAGAUAAGCGCUGACGAGAUCGCGCUCUAUGAUCGACAGAUUCGCCUGUGGGGUGUCCAGGCACAGGAAAAGAUCCGGUCUGCCAAUAUCCUCUUGAUUACCGUGAAAGCUCUCGCCAACGAAGUGGCCAAGAACCUCGUACUUGCUGGCAUCGGCUCUCUGACGAUUCUCGACCAUGAGCCCGUCACGGAAGCCGACCUGGAUGCGCAAUUCUUCCUAGAGGAAGCUCAUAAGGACCCGAGCAUUCUAGCAGAAGGAAAAAAGCGAGCCGAGAUCGCCGGUCCUCAAAUCCGCCGCAUGAAUCCCCGCGUGAAGCUGCACAUCGAUACCGAUGACGUUCGAACAAAACAACCCGAAUUCUUCGCCCAGUUUGAUGUGACAAUUGCGACAGAGCUGGACUUUGCGACCAACAACACUGUCAACGCCGCCUGCCGUUUGGCUAAUCGCCCUUUCUACGCAGCAGGUCUACAUGGGUUCUACGGCUACGUAUUUGCCGACUUGAUCUCCCACGAUUUUGUUAUCGAGCGCUCCAAAUCGAACGUACCUUCGCAGCAGCAAGAAACACCGACCCGCAGUAUUGUCAAGGUCACCACCAAGAAAGACGGCGACAAGACUAUCGAGCUCGUCACCAAGCGCGAGACAUACUCCCCACUCCUCCUCGCCAACACCUCCCCUCUACCAGACGAUUUCACCCGCCUACCUCGCCGCCGCAAGCAAGUCACCCCUCUGCUCAGCUGUCUCCGCGCACUGUGGGAAUUCGAAAAGCUCUCUGGCGGCCGCCGCCCAACAUUCCAGCACGCAGACCUAGAGCUAUUCACAAAGCUCUCUCGAGAAGUCCACCAGGAACUCAAAUUAGACCUGAAUACGCUAGACUCGACCUUCCUCCGCUUAUUCCUGCAGAACCUGGGCUGCGAGUUGAGUCCCGUGGCCGCAUUCUUGGGCGGCUCGCUCGCGCAGGAUGUAAUCAAUGUUCUGUCGGCGAGAGAACAGCCCCUUCAGAAUAUGCUUCUCUUUGACGGAGAGAAAUCCCAGGGCCCAAUUUAUCCGCUUCAUCCUUUCUUCCCCGCGGAGUUGGGCAUGCAGUCGCUUGCUGCUGUACCACCGGUUAGCAAUGCUAUUCCUGCGGGUCCUGUGCCGACGACCAUUCCAUAA